AUGUUGUUGAAGUUUGUUAUUUUCAUCCUGCCUCUCUAUUUUGACCAAUCCACCUCGAAAAAAAUAAAAUGUGUCGCUUGUGCCAAAAAUUUAAAAGUCGGCAACUGGAAAAACCUCAAUUUGGACGAGGAACCAUGCUUCGGUGAUGGAAGGCAUGUAACUGAAUGUCAAGCUGAACGAUGCGCUUUCUUUCUUUCCAUAAAAAAGAAAAAUAAAACCUUAGGCUUUUGGAGGCUCUGCAUGAAUCGCACUAACACGGGUCCAGAUGAUCUGAACUACGUUGGCUCGGACAAGACCGAUUUAGUCAUUCAGAAGUUCAGUUCGAAAGCAUUUGGGAACUGUGGCACAGCUAAUGAAGUGAUCGGAGACCUUAAAGUAUCUCCAGACCGAAAAUUCACAAAACAGGGGAAAGAAUUUUACGAAAAAGUCAUUGGAAGUUGGACGAAGGAUGCUUGCAAGUCCCGAAAGGAUAAAAAUUCCAGUGGUUACUCUGAUGACGCUAGUGAUGAAAUGGGAAAGAAUAAAAAAAAGAAAACUGACAGCGAUGAAGAUAAUGGCCACAAUUCUAAAGGUAAAAAUAGCAAGGAGAACCAUUACAAUGAAGAAGACGAAGAAGACGACGAUGAUAAAGAUAAUAACAAACGAGACAAUAACAGUGCAGAUUCAGAUGAAAACGAAAGUAAUAACGAUGAUGGCGAACACGAUAAUGAACAACAGCCAGAUGGAAGAUGA